AGCUGUGCAGCUAGGUAAACAAACAGGAGAGGAGAGGAAACGAGCAGCAGCAGGCACUUUGCUGGCUCUGGGCUCCCUCGGGGACAUUUUAUAUUGUUUGUAUCCACUUUUUGUAAAUCAUUUAAUAUCGUGUUUCCUACGUACUUUUACUACUUUGAUACACAAUAGCGAAACCUGACAAGGACUGGCUGUAGCUUGCCAGCUUGGAAACACUGGAUAUUUCCCCCCUCUCUCUCCUCUCGGCAAAGGCUGCCGAUGGGCCAGCGAAAACACUGAACAACAUAAUAACACGACGUUUUUUAAAGAAGUAUAAUUCAGUGUAGUAAUAACCGAUGCACUGUCUUCCCGGUAUUUAAAAGCGACCUUCCGUUGGUGCUGUUUGCGAGGCUAACGUUCACACGGACCGAGCACAGCUAACGUUAACGGCAGCCGGCCUCAGGGAAGAAUGACGGCUGUUCAGCUGAUAAAUAUCCAACGGUUACUGGAAGCUGCGGAAUAUCUAGAGAGGAGAGAAAGAGAGUGUGAACACGGAUAUGCUUCGACGUUUCCAUCAAAUCAGAACACAAACUUCCAGAGGCAAAGAAAAUUCCGAAAUAAGAAGUUCAACAGUAACCACAAUAGGUCCACACAUAAUGAGCUGGAGAAGAAUAGACGAGCUCACCUGCGGCUGUGUCUGGAGCGGUUGAAGGCCCUCAUACCCCUGGGACCUGACUGCAACCGCCACACAACCCUGGGCCUGCUCAACAAAGCCAAAGCACACAUAAAGAAACUUGAAGAUGCAGACAGGAAGAGCCAGUACCAGCUGGAGUCUCUGGAGCGCGAGCAGAGGCACCUCCAGCGCCAGCUGGAGCUGCUGAGGGGAGGCAGUGGUGCUGCAACCCCGAGCAGCCCGGGGGAGGGGGAGAGGAUACGCAUGGACAGUGUGGGCUCCACCCUCUGCUCCGACCGCUCUGACUCCGACCAAGAGGAGAUCGAGGUGGACGUGGAAAGCACGGAGUUCUCCCAUGGAGAGCUGGACAGUGUGAGCACAGCCAGCACCAGCGACCUGGACGACCACAGCAGCCUGCAGAGCAUGGCCAGCGAUGAGGGCUACUCCUCCUGCAGUGUCAAACUUGCCUUCUCCUCCUAGAGCCCCACACCACCUCCCUGCCAAACCCACCUGUACCUCCCAUCCGUUUAUCCAUCCAGCCAUGCCUACAUACAUACACCCAGUCACCUCCAACGGCGGCCACGCCCCCAGCUAAUGGCGUUCCUGUCGCUCCUGCCUCUCAGCAGCCCCCCCCCCCGCUCCUAGCCUUUAGUUGCACCCACUUCUCCUCCUGCGCUGCUGAACCCACUGUCCCACUGUUGGAGGAGCUCCACUCAGAGCUCCUUCUCACCUCUGAACUUUGCGCUGCCCCGACCGACACCAGGGACCCAAACACAGUGAUGUGAGACUGGCAGUUGGUUUACGGAGAUCGGAGACUUGGUUGAUAGAAAAAAACAUAAAUCAUCUUAAUUUUUAAUGAUUGAUUUUAUGUCUUUUAUUUCCUCAAACUGUCAAAUUUCUGAAUUUUUUAAAGAUGCACAACCCCUAAUUUGAUCCAAAAUGCACUUAAAUUCUUAUCCUAUUGAAAUAAUUUAGAGUUUCUGUUCGGUUCUCUCCUGUGUGGGUGUGUAUGUGUGUGUGUGUUGAGCUGGUCCUGUGUACCCAUAUUAACGUUCUGGUGUUGGGCCUGGAUAAACGGGAGCACAUCUAAUCUGGACAAUAAUGAACACUGUGGGUGAACUUUGCCAUAUCAACACAGCUUGGCCCUGAUAAACGUCCUUUCGGUCCUGAAUUUGAUCCUUUGUCUUUUUUCAUUACCUCUGCUUGACACUGCAAAAGGUCCGACACUCGAACUGGUGCUAUUGUGAAACAAACCAACGGGGAAGCAGAUCAGAUCCACCACCACUGAGCUUUUAAAGCAAACAAAGUGUGUCUGCCGUGAUUGUUUUCAACCAAGGUCGGAGGAAAACAACCACAAAAGAAUUGAGGAAAAAACUAAAUAACAUUCCUGUUGAAUGUGGGUGCUCAGAGAGUGGAAAUUGUAACUUUGUGUGUGUUUUGUUUUGGUUUCUUUCCCUCCUCGACAAGCAGCUACAAAAAGCUAUCCUGCACUUGCCUACUUUAGAGCUGUCCAUAGAAACGGCACAAACCAAGAAGUGGGGGAAAAAAAACACACAAAAAAAACAACAGCAACAAGGAAAAAGUCCAAACAACAAACUUUGGAAUAGACGUCCAUCCUCUUUCCAGCAGUAACAAGCAAUAACUCUUAUAGUCUUUUUUUGUCUCGUCAGUUUGAACUCCUUUCUCCCCUUUUUCUUUUUCUUUUCUCCCCUAAAGACUGUGUGACCGUCCAAAAAGCAAACUUUCUUUUUUUUUGUAAAUACAUAUAGUUUAAUGAAUUAAACUUUAAAAAAGAGUUUUAAAAAAAAAGGUAGAGCUCAUGGUAACUAUUGCCCCUGUUGCUGUUUGACCUGUGUUUAUUGUGGAUUUUACUUACAUUUUUUGGAAAGAUUUUAUCCUCUUCAGAGUGGCAGCGGAUGCGGGAUGGACACUAUUACUUUGUUCAGUUUUGCUGGCGGAAACAUUGAAAAGUUACUCAUUCUGUUGCUGCAGUGAGAAGGAGAAGUUACUCCUAAAGCGUGAUUAAAAAACGAUAGAACAACUUCCCACCCAGUUGCAGAAAGGUGACCCAGUAGGACUUCUGUUGGAGAAUGCUGAGUUUGUGUGGCACACUUUUUAUUUAUUAGAUUUGUUUUCUUCUUGUUUAUAAUGUUCAUGAAAGUGUGGGGGGGGGGAGCUGUAUAUGGCAUUCCACUGGUGGUCAGGUGAUUUGUGGAGGAAAAGUGUGGGGAGAAGAAAACGGGUGUUAUGAUGUCAAUGUUCACCAUCCAGACUACACUGGCAUUAAGAAUUGCACUUCAACCACAGUUCUCUGUAUUUUUUCUUUUUCUUUUCCACUGUCUUUUUCUCUCAUGGAUCUCUCAUGAAUCCUUUUGUAUGUGAAAAGAAAAAAAAAACACCGGCCUUUUAAAUAUUUAUUUCACAAUCCCUCAAAGAACACAAGCAAUGGGGAAAAAGAAAUUAACUUAUUUUGGUUCCGUCUUAUUUUACUCAUCUUUUUGAUGCUUAUUCCUCACUCCUUAUUUUAAGAAUUGUAUAUUUCAUGGGUUAUUUUUAUUUAAAUUUUUUUGGUGGGGGGGGGGGUAUGAAAAUGUAGCCAUUUUGUUUUCAUUUUUCUGAUGUUUUAUUCAAUGGACACUUGAAAUGUAAUUGGCCCCUAAGCUGCUCCUAGUGCUGAGCCUCGCCUGUUUAGAGUCACCAGCCUUGUCCGGAGCUGACUCCCCAACAAUGCGCUAUGCCUGUGACGACAAAUACAGACCUGAAACAACUGGAUAAGCUGAUAGAUAAAAUGGCUUCCCUCCAUACCUGGCCUUCUGAUACAAGGUGAAACAUUCACCAUUCAUCUUGUUAAUAAAGUCUCCUAUCCAGUUGUUUUGGGGAGGGGCAGCGGGGUUAUCUCUGCACAAGGCUUAUCAAUAGCCAAGACUUUACUGGCAAAUAUUGAGCCAGCUACUACACAAUAAAAGGGGUCUAAAACUCCACUUUCCUCUAUUAGGAGGAUUGUAGUCUCUAUUAGACUUGUGUUUUAGUUGACAAAAUGUGUCUUACAUUUACAAUACAAGUCCUCUGACUGAGGGUAUAAAGAAAAAAUAAACAAAAAAAGAACAAAUCCUUUGGUUUCUCUGAAGGACAUCAUUAAAGUGUAGUUUGUAAGCUCUUUGCGGAGCUAUGUUGAGGUUGUUGGGCUUGGCACUGAAUCAGAAAGUCACCACUUUUGGUGCUUAAUUAUAUAUUUAAAAAAAAAAAAAUGUAUAUGCCAAAACCACCUCAGAACACCUCAGUGUCCUCUCUCUUUAUCUCCCUCUUACUCUCUGAGGGACAGUUUACAUUUAUUCUUCCCCUGUUUAAGUUAUUUACCUUCAGCUUUUCUUUGUUUCUGUUUUCGUCUUCAUAUGUUGGUUUUAUGAACCUGCACUGCUGACAGGAAAAAGGUCCCAUGUUUUACGACAAAUGAAUUUCACUCCUCAUGCAGACCUGGAUCACUUCCUAGUGGUGUUUUAACCUGCUUGGGAGUACAGUAUAUUUUCACUGCAUUGGGAUGAUUGUGAUAGUGUUGGGUUAUGUUGUCUGGCACUCAUUGUAUUGUCUCAUGUGGAAAACUACUCAGAUCUCGUAUUCCAAGCAGGGAUAAAACCAACUAUAAGUGACUGAUUUUACUGAAGCCAGGUCUCUCCUGUCUCAUGUGACUUGUGAGUGUGUGUUUGUGUGUGUGUGUGCUCCAUGUUCUUACUAAGGCUGAGCUUUAGAGAGGCACCUGGUCCAUGGCUAGUCUGCACUGAUCUCAGCUGGACUGUUUUCCACUUGCUAAUACAUCGAAUAUCAGACUUCUGGAGAGUAUGUCCAAUGUGAAGGUAUAUAUAAGUGUGUAAGUGAAGGCACUGUCAAAUCAUUUUGCACUGAAAGUUAAAUGAGUGUAACUGUCAGUUUAGUGCAGGCUGGACAUGGAUCAGCCCGAGUUAGUUGGGAGGUCUGACAGAGAGUUUCUGGCUAUGCUGCAGAUUCAAAACAAUAGCAUAUCUUCAUAAACUGGUGAUCACAAAGCUAUAUUUUUACCUCUGUGUUUAAGGUUAGGUUUAGACAUCUGGUCCUGGCGGUGGUUCAGGGUUCAGGGUUAACUUUCCAGGAGUGUCGAUUUCCAGUUUUGCAGCUUGGCCAUAAGUGUACCAGCCCGACAAAGUGGAAGUCGCAGUGUUUUUUGUAAAUCACACUCCAUUUCUGGCGUCUGUCUCACAGGAGGUUGACUUUGAGCAAACGGGUCCAUGAGUUAGCCCAACCAAAUGAGCAGCCCCAAGUAGGGAGUCCUCCCGCUGUUCUGAACCUGUGGCCAUCCUUUGUAAAACAUGCAGUCUGAUGAUGAUUCUAGCUGUGUAAGUUGAAGAUGCAAUACUUACAAUAAAAAACACCAAGAUUUUCAAACCUGAA